AUGUUGACAUACAAUAAUCAAGCAUUUCUCCCCCAAGCCUUGAGCACGGGAAUCACUUCAAGAAUCAAUAAGGAUCCAGAUAGUGCCAUCAUCGCAAACAAUGUUCCUCAAGAGAGAUCUGCCAAACGAAACGCCCAACAAAUUAACUAUGCUGAAUUUGACAACAUAAAUGAUGAUUUCGAAUAUGAAGAAGACAAAUCAAGCACGGCCAACGCUUUUCCUAAUGCAAGCACCCACACCAAUACGCAUGUUCAAAAGCAUCUAUUAAAACCUGCUAGAAUUGCUAGGUCGAACGAAAUAUUUCAGGAUGAUAUUGUAACGGAUAAUUCUGGAAAGAUUGGCUCUGAUACCCUAGUUCCGGUGAAAUUGAACCUCGAAUACAACGCUGGAGCUUCAAAACUAAUUGAUUUUUUCAUGUGGAACAUUAACGAAACAUUGGUAACACCAGAUCAAUUUGCCUCAUUGCUUUGCUUGGAAUUAGAAUUACCGAAUCUGCUUCAUCUGGAGAUUGUUGACUCAAUUAACAAGCAAGUUGAGGAUUAUCAAUUUGUUAUUAAUUCCCAACUACCGCUGGGAGUAGAAUAUCAUGUUAUUAUUGAGUUAUCAGUUAACUUGGACAAGAAAUUGUAUGAAGACAAAUUUGAGUGGGAUCUCAACCAAAGUGAAGUAACACCGGAAGACUUUGCUGAAAUUAUUGUGGCGGACUUAGGACUUUCACUCGAGUUUAAGCCGGCAAUUUCACACAGCUUGCAUGAAAUGACUCUUCGAUUGAAGCGAGAGCUCAUCGAAGGUUCUUACAAUCACGAGCUUCACAAAUAUCAACAGUUGGCAGGUCUUAUAUUUGAGAGAAAUAUUCGAAUUCGUACAGAUAGUAGUAUUCACAAUGGCAAUGCACUUUGGGAACCAUUCAUUGAAAUUUUGAGUCCGUGGGAAAUAGAAAAGCGAGAAAUCGAGCGUGAGAGAAAUUCCCGUCGGUUGAAACGAGAGAACAUGAGAAGGGAAGUUGAUGAUUUUGGAGGCGUAAAAAGACGAGCAACAACUAGAAGAAGGGUUGAAGAGCUCGACUGGAGAAUUUAG